GUGAGCGCAUGCGUACAUACAAUGGACAAUAUCUUUGAUUAAAUUUUAGGUUUAGUUUAAUAUAUAAAGUAGUGUUUUAAUGGUGUAAUAAUAUAUUAAUUGGACGGUUAGGUUAAUUGGUGACCACCCGGUGCCGUCAUAUGGUUGUAGUGCAGCAUUAAAACAAUAGUUAAUGACUUUUAUUGUGUAUAAAAUUGUUGAGUAACUGCUGUAUGUGUUAAAAAACAGCGAUCACUGUAUGUAUUACUGUAUCAUUGAUUGUAUGCUUUAAGCCAUACAUUGCAUACAUUGCUAUAUAAGCCGUGCUUUUGGGAGAAGCCGUAAACAAGGCUUUAGUCGCCAAACGUUUGUAAUCUUUUGAUACUUUUAUUGAUUUCUUCGUUAGUUUAAGAAUAAGAACUUUGAAAGAGAAAAGUUGUUAAAUAACUGUUGUCUCAGAAAUUACAAUCAGUUUUCACUCAAAGCAUUCAAGUUAUGUCAUUAGCUAAUGAUUGCGAUACAAGUAAUACAAGUUUAAUAAACAUGAAUGAUGUCAACCAUAAUGUGUCAAAUGUGACACCGGGUGACCUACUGGUGACACCUACUCAAGAUAAAAGUGGUGUCAAAGCUCCAGAAGUGGUCACUGUUAGUCAAACUGGUGGUCAGUGGCACUCAAUUGCCUUGAAUGAGAUGCCUAUUACAGGCAAUGCAUUGAAUAUAGCUAUCAAUAGUGCAGACAUUCGUCCAAAUAUGACUUCCCUCACAACCAAUACCCGAACCAUUGCUCCAAAACCGGUCAUUACUCCCGGAGAAGCCAUUUCGGGUAAUAUCGGUUCAAACUUAGAUAAGUCACAAACGGUGAUCAUAACAACGGGAACCGAUUCUUUAGUAAAUACUACCAUAACUGGCACUAAAUAUGGCAUUAAUAAAGUUAUUCCGCUAAGUCAACAUCAUAUAGCACUUGUGUCAUCACCCGACGGUACAUCAAUGUUUGCGGUACCGAUGUCUAGUUUGAUGACUAAAGGCAAUGUUAAUAUAAAGUCAUCGGUAUCUUCCGUUCCCAUGUCUAUAAAUCAGGCGACACUUAAAUCAAAACCUCCUAUUUUGCCGCUCAAGAUAUUUCCAUUGAUUACUUCAACCACUUCAUCGACAACUCCCAUAACAGUUCCGACGAUCCCAUUAGCUAAAGCUAUAGCUCCUCAACCUCUUAAUACAUCAAAUUCUGGUCUUACUAUAAUACCUGCAAAUAUUCCCAAAUUUGUUUCUUCAAAUACAGAGACAUUGACCUCUACUGUUAAUACCAUUCCUGCAAUUAUCACAACAACAGGCACUACGGGAACUGACUUGAAGACUGAUAGCAUUUCAAUUGACGAAGUUWCGACAAAAAACGAUACCAACGCUCAUUCACCACUUCCUCCGCCACUAUUGACUCAAAACAGUACAUUUGCAAUGAUUCCGAUUACAAAUAGUGUAACUAUGAAUCCGCCGACAUUAACUCCCAUCACAACUACAACUUUAACAAUAAAUACUAAUACAAGCAGUGAUAAAGUUGUGACCAAAAAUGAGAUAAAGUCUGUGACUGGAAUUGAAGAAAUGGAUUCCGUUAUUAAAAUAAUGGAAUGGAAAGAUGGGAUCGGCGUUCUUCCUGGAAGUGAUCUCAAGUUUCGAAUCGAUGAAUUUGGACACUUAGACAUGAUUAAUGAAAUUGAUAAUAAAACAGCUAAUGGUUCUAAUGGCGAUAUUCCUGCUAUCAUUUCAACAGUAAUCACUGGUAAUGUAAAACAGGAAGAAAAUACUGUUAUAGUUGUUGAGACUUCUGCUCCUCAAGAAUCUGACAAAACAGAAACAAAAGAAACGGACGAAAGUGAAUCACUGAUAACUUGUUUUAAUUGUAAUCAAAAAGGACCGGCAAAUACAUUCAUUAGAGGUGGUCGAUUCUGUAGCAAAUCUUGUGCCACAAUAGUGUCAACUGAUCUCAAAUUACUUACUAAAAGAAACACCGAAUUAGCAGUGAAAUCACAAACUGAUGACCAAAAAAAUCAAAUUAAGAAAUCUGAAGUAACGAAAGGUCGUAAACAAGUAUUUGAAACAAACACUGCCUAUCAAUUAGAUAACCAAACCAUUGAAAAUGAAUUUGACAACAAUGAAGAUGCAAACGAAGAGGUUGAAGACGUAGAAACUAAUUCAGGAGAUUAUAAUGAAAAUAUUUCUUUGAAUCCAACUUUUUCUUGGCGUCAAUAUCUCAAUAAAACCAAUUCAAUCGCGGCUUCCAUUAGAUGUUUUAAUGAAAGUCAAAAAUUUCCAACAAAUAAAAACCAAUUUAAAGUUGGAAUGAAAUUAGAGGGUAUAGACCCUCAACACCCCUCAAAAUUUUGUGUUCUCUCUGUUGUUGAAGUCUGUGGUUACAGAAUAAGACUUCAUUUUGAUGGAUAUAAAGAAUUGUUCGACUAUUGGGUUAAUGUCGACAAUAAUUUUAUAUUUCAGGCCGGAUUUUGUGAGCAAACAAAUAGAAAAUUGGAACCACCGGUUGGUAUUGUGGCCGAAGAGUUCAAUUGGCACAACUAUUUACAACAAACCAGAUCUGUUGCGGCGCCCAAACAUUUAUUUAGCACUAAUUCGUACCAAACUGUUCCGCCAAAUGGUUUUCGAGUUUCUAUGAAACUAGAAGCUGUCGAUCGGGCUAAUACUGCACUGGUUUGUGUGGCCACUAUUGCUGAUAUAAUUGAUAACUGGCUUCUUAUACAUUUUGAUGGAUGGGAUGAUAGUUAUGACUAUUGGGCUGAAACUACCUCACCAUUUAUACAUCCUAUUAAUUGGUGUCGAACAAAAGGUCGAUCUCUUACUCCUCCAAAAGAUUAUUACCGCUCGAGUGAGAGAUUUUCGUGGGAAGAAUACCUGUUGGAGACUAAAUCACAAGCAGUAUCUCCGCGUAUGUUUAAAACAAGGCCUUCAAAUAACUUUAAAACUGGUAUGAAGUUAGAAGUCGCCGACAAACGUAAUCAACGACUGAUCCGAGUGACCACUAUUACACACAGACAAUCACAUUGUAUUAAAAUACAUUUUGAUGGCUGGGAUGAAAAAUUUGAUUAUUGGAUCGAUGACGAUUCUCCAGAUAUUCAUCCGGUUAAUUGGUGUCAUAAGACUGGUCACCCAUUACAACCACCCCCUACUUCAGACUAUCCUCUAAAAAAAGAAACGGAUGGUUCGGCCUCAUGUCCUACUCCAGGAUGUCUUGGAAUUGGUCACAUUAGAGGACCAAAGUAUCAAUAUCAUUACUCAACAAUUAGCUGUCUAUAUACCGACUCACGACUCGAAUAUGAAUUGCCCGAUAGAUUAGGCAGAUCUGGAGAUAAUUCAGAUGAUAUACCAAUUGAUGAAAUGAAUGAUAACGGCAUUUCUCCCUCACAAUCUCCAUCACCUUCUGAAUCUAAUUCCAUUAGUUCGAUACAAAAAAGCCAAAAGCUAUCAAAAACACAGCAAUUAUCAAUCGGUAAAUUUCGGAAACGCAAACUUGAGGUCAAUCCUUCUAAUGGAGUCAAUGGUCCGAUCUCUCCAAAUAUGAGCACAAAUUCCGAGUCUGCGAAACAAUCGCGACCCUCAACUCCCUCUUCAAUAACAAACUUGUCAUCACUUCAACACUCAAUAUUUUCAAUGAGGAUGAGUCAGCAGCAACAAGAGGCACCUGUAUGUUGGGAUAGACACUCUAAGACCACUUUACCCGGUAUUGAUAAGACUAAAUCUAAGGAUGUAUUAUUGUGGUCACCUACCAAAGUGGCCGAAUUCAUUGACCAGAUUCCCGGUUGUGAAUGUGUGGGACAAGUGUUUCAGGACCAGCUCAUCGAUGGCGAAGCAUUUCUUUUGCUCAAUCAGAACGAUAUCGUCAAAAUACUGGGCCUUAAAUUAGGUCCGGCCAUCAAAAUAUAUAAUAGUAUUCUUGUUAUACGUGAUAAUGCCAUCAAUGAAGAUAAUGUCUAA